CCUGGGAAAUUGGUGUUUUAAUUCUUAGAAGUCCAUAAACUUGUAUACCAUUUUGUGCUACGAAAUCAAUUUACCUUAAUCAGCAGGGGUAAUAGUUAGUGUAACUCUCGACCAAAGAAAAAACAGACAGGUUAUAUAAACGUCAGUAAAAAGCUUACUAACAUACCAUAGUUUUGGAAGAUGAAGUUACUUAAAAAAAUCAACUGCUUUUUCCACUCCUACCCCAAAAAACCAUCAUUUUCAGUUCUAUUCAACUCCUUUAUCGUCCGCCAACUAACUCUCACUACCUUCCCGCCAGACCCACACAUUCUUUUAACUACUUUAUGCUCCAACGGUCACCUGAAAGAAGCUUUGCUAGAAAUGGCGGUUCAAGGCCUUGAAAUGAGGUUUGAAAGCUACGAUAUGCUAUUAAACGCUUGUAUAAACAAAAGGAGGUUCAGAGAAGGCCAAAGGGUUCAUGCCCAUAUGAUCAAAACUCGAUAUUUGCCGCCUGUUUACCUCAGAACUAGGCUCAUCAUUUUUUAUGGUAAAUGUGAUUGCUUGACGGAGGCGAGGCAUGUGCUCGAUGAAAUGCCCGAGAGGAAUGUGGUUUCUUGGACUGCUAUGAUUUCUGCUUAUUCUCAAAGAGGGCUUGCCUCCGAAGCGUUGAAUCUUUUUGUUCAGAUGUUAAGAUCAGAUACAGAACCAAAUGAAUUCACUUUUGCCACUGUACUUACCUCUUGUACGGGUACUUUUGGUUUUGAGCUGGGAAGGCAAAUCCACUCCUUUGUAAUCAAGAGAACUCUCGAUACCCAUAUAUAUGUGGGGAGCUCACUUCUUGACAUGUAUGCCAAAGCUGGUAGAAUUCAUGAAGCUCGAGAGAUUUUUAACUGCCUGCCAGAAAGGGAUGUUGUUUCAUGCACUGCCAUCAUUUCAGGGUACGCUCAAUUAGGAUUAGAUGCGGAUGCAUUAGAGUUAUUCCGAAGAUUGAAUUUAGAAGGAAUGAGUGCAAAUUAUGUUACUUAUGCGAGUUUUCUAACUGCAUUAUCUGGGCUUGCAGCAUUAGAUCUUGGUAAGCAAGUUCACAACCAUGUCCUGCGAUGUCAACUUCCCUUCUAUGUGGUGCUUCAGAAUUCUUUGAUUGAUAUGUACUCGAAGUGUGGGAACCUCAUUUACUCAAGACGGAUAUUCGAUAACAUGCCUGAGAGAACUGUUAUCUCAUGGAAUGCAAUGCUUGUGGGGUAUAGCAAACAUGGGAUGGGAAGAGAGGUUGUGGAGCUUUACAGAUUGAUGAGAAAUGAAAAUAAAGUCAAACCUGACAGUGUCACUCUGUUGGGUGUUUUGUCUGGUUGCAGCCAUGGAGGGAUGGAAGAUGUGGGAUUGCAAAUCUUUGAUGAGAUGGUGAACGGGAAAGAUGGGGUCGAGCCUGACAUUGAACACUAUGGGUGUGUUGUUGAUUUGCUUGGGCGUGCUGGUCGAGUAGAAGAAGCUUUUGAAUUUAUAAAAAAGAUGCCUUUUGAACCAACUGCAGCUUUAUGGGGUUCACUUCUAGGUGCUUGUAGGGUUCACUCAAACAUUGACAUUGGUGAAUUUGUAGGCCGGCGUCUGCUUGAAAUUGAGCCUGAGAAUGCUGGGAACUAUGUUAUUCUUUCUAACUUAUUUGCCUCUGCAGGGAGAUGGGAAGAUGUAAGAAUGGUGAGGGAUUUGAUGAUGGAGAAAGCUGUGAAAAAGGAUCCAGGAAGAAGCUGGAUUGAGCUUGACCAAACCCUUCAUUCUUUCCAUGCAAGUGAUCGUUCCCAUCCAAGAAGGGAAGAGGUGCUUGUAAAGCUGAAAGAGUUAUCAACAAAGCUGAAGGAAGCUGGCUAUGUUCCUGAUUUGAGUUGUGUUCUACAUGAUGUGGAUGAAGAGCAGAAGGAGAAGAUACUCCUAGGCCACAGUGAGAAAUUGGCUUUGACAUUUGGGCUGAUGGCUACCUCUGAUGGAGUCCCACUCCGAGUGAUUAAAAACCUCCGGAUUUGUGUUGAUUGCCAUAAUUUUUCCAAGUUUGUUUCAAAGAUUUAUACGAGACAAGUGUCUUUGAGGGAUAAGAACCGGUUCCACCAUAUACAUGGGGGAGUUUGUUCCUGUGGAGACUACUGGUGAGGUGAAGACCAAAGCUUUGGAAGGUUUAGAGCAGGAAAUACACUUUGGGCCAAUUCAUAGUUCACUAGAGCUGUCCUUGUCUGCUACUUCUUACCUUUAAGACCAAUACUCUUU